GGGCGCUCAUUUGUGGCUCUCUCAAACCGGAAACCACUGUAUUCCUCCUUAGGUCCUGCUUGCUGGAAUGGGUCCGAGAUAUAGCUAGCUACGUAAACUGUGGCUAAAGAUUAUACAUUAUUUAGGACGCAUAACACCCAGCUACGUACACUCAUUGCAAAAGGGGAGCGAAACAUGAGGCGAGAUGUCAGGAUACUGUUAUUGGGGGAACCCAAGGUGGGGAAAACAUCACUCAUCAUGUCAUUGGUUGGGGAGGAGUUUCCUGAGCACGUGCCCCUCCGAGCAGAGGAGAUCACCAUCCCUGCCGAUGUCACCCCAGAGAAGGUGCCCACGCACAUAGUGGACUACUCAGAAAUGGAACAGACUGAUGAGGUCCUCAGAGAAGAGAUUAUCAAGGCCAAUGUGGUGUGUGUGGUGUAUGACGUCACCCAGGAUGAAACGAUAGAAAAGAUCCGAACAAAAUGGAUCCCCUUGGUAAACGGUGAAGCAGAGAAGGGGAACAAAGUUCCCAUAAUCCUAGUGGGUAAUAAAUCGGACCUGCGCUCUGGGAGCUCCAUGGAGACCAUACUACCUAUUAUGAACCAGUUCUCUGAGAUUGAGACCUGUGUAGAGUGUUCUGCCAAGAACCUAAAGAACAUCUCUGAACUGUUCUACUACGCUCAAAAGGCUGUGCUCCACCCCACCGCCCCGCUCUACGACCCGGAAGACAAACAGUUAAAGCCAAUGUGUGUCCGAGCGCUCAGCCGCAUCUUUAGCAUCUCAGACCAGGACCAUGACCGCAUCCUCAGUGACGCUGAACUCAACUGCUUCCAGAAAUUGUGCUUCGGGAAUCCUCUGGCCCCCCAAGCUCUGGAGGACGUGAAGACGGUUGUGUGGAAGAACACGAGCGACGGGGUUCAGGAUAACGGCCUUACGCUGAACGGCUUCCUGUUCCUCAACACAUUAUUCAUCCAGAGGGGUCGGCACGAGACCACAUGGACCAUCCUGAGGAAGUUUGGUUACGACGACUCGCUGGAGCUGAUGGAUGACUACCUAUACCCACAGCUACGGGUGCCCGUGGGCUGCACUACCGAGCUCAAUCAUCUGGGUCACCAGUUUCUCCAGAGGCUGUUUGACAAGUAUGACGAGGAUAAGGACUCUGCCCUCUCUCCUACGGAGAUCAAGACUCUCUUUAGUGUGUUUCCCUACAUGCCCUGGGGCGCAGACGUCUACACGGCGGUCUCAACCACAGACGAGGGCUACAUCUCUAAUCAUGGCUACAUGUGUAAAUGGACGCUUUCAGCAUACCUUGACAUCCAUCGCUGCCUGGAGUACUUGGGAUACCUGGGCUACCCCAUCCUUACUCAGCAGGACUCCCAAACCACUGCAGUCACAGUGACGCGGGAGAAGGCCGUGGACCUGGAGAAGGGCCAGACUCAGCGGUCAGUGUUCCUAUGUAAAGUGAUUGGACCGCGGGGGACUGGGAAGUCUGCGUUCCUCCAGGUCUUCCUUGGCCGAAACACAGUGCGAGAGGAGCAUUCCACCGGUGCCUUUUCCUUCUACACCAUAAACACUGUCCAAGUUAGCAACCAGGAGAAGUUCCUCAUCCUCUACGAGGUGGACGUGGAAACUGAGUUCCUAAAGGCGUCGGAUGCGGCGUGCGACGUAGCAUGUCUCAUGUAUGACACAAACGACCCCCACUCCUUCGACUACUGUGCCAGUAUAUACAAGCAACACUACAUGGACAGCAGUAUUCCCUGUGUAGUGGUGGCCUCCAAGGCAGACCUCCCCGAGGUGAGACAGCUCCACGGGAUGACCCCGGCAGAGUUCUGCUACAAACACCGGCUGCCUCCGCCACUCCCCUUUUCCGGCCUGUCCCUGGACUCCACCAGCAAGAACAUCUACACCAAGCUGGCCUGGGCCGCCAUGUUCCCACACCUGAACGACUCCGACAUAAGCAACACCUCCUUCUGGCUGAGUGUGACGCUAGGAGCAGCAGUGGUCACAGUCCUAGGCUUCGCCUUCUACAGAGCUUUCGCCCGACAUAAAUAACUGGGGUCCUGACCGGAGCCCCACCCCCCUCUUUUUCCCUCAACCCCAACUCCAGACCAGCCUUCAAAACCAACACUCCACACGCACUCCAGACCAACCGUCUAGAGUCAAACUAGCCAUCUAGACAAACUAGCCGUUUAGAUCUGACAGACAAAACUCAUCCAUUUUACUUCAUCGUUAUUUACACACCAACCUCUCCUAUUCUGCUAUUCCAGGCUACUCCAGGUAGUCAGGUCUUCUUCGCUGACUAAUUAUCUUAGUCAAAAUGGAGGCUUGUGACCAUUUUCUUUCACCCUCUCCUGACCUCCUACCUUGCUCGCUCUGCCUUAUGGUGUCAAAUUCCAGGCUAAGGAGGUACCCUCCCUGUGCUCAAUGCAACGAUUCCCCCAAGAGCUGCUACAAAUAUAUGGGUGCUUUAUCAAAUGAGGAUAUGCAGAUACAAGGAAGGCACAACAUUUCAAAUAUCAAACAUAUCAAACUUCAGAAAGGCUGGUGCUGUUUAGAAACCAAAGGGCAACAUGGCGAAUUCAAACAGUCCAUAUCACGAAC